CGGGCUGCUGCCUCCGCCCCCGGUCUGGGCGGAGCAGUCGCCUGGGACCGACGCCACCGGGAGCCGGAGCCCGGUUUCCUGGGAUCGAGGCCGAGAGCCCUACUCCGGAAGGGCCGACACCAACCACUGACCACAGCCCGCCCCCGGCCCCGGACCGGCCGAGAUGAAGCUGUACUCGGCGUACCAACAGCCGAAGCCGCGAAUGGAGGAGCAGCUGCUCUCCCCAGUGAUGCCCCGGACCCUGGCUGAGAAGAAUGCCCGCUGGGCCCUGCUGAUCACCCUGUUGGGCACCAUGGUGCUGUGCGCCUUGCUGACCCAGCUGCUCUUCUGGCCACGGCUCGGGGGGCCUCCCGGGGGAAAGAGCAACCAGGCGCCCGGACCCACCUGCAAGGAUCCCUGCCAGGCGGUGCUGGUGGAGAGCAUCCCGGAGGGCCUGACCUUCGCCAGCGGCCCCACGCACCCGACCAUCAGCCAAGCCUGGUUGGACCUGGCGGCCGGAGCCCACCGCAGCCUCGACAUCGCCUCCUUUUACUGGACCCUCACCAACCAGGACACACGCACCCAGGAGCCCUCUGCCCAGCAGGGGGAGAGGGUCCUCCAGGAGCUGCUGAACCUGGCCCCAAAAGGCGUAAAUGUACGCGUGGCAGUCAGCAAGCCCAACGGCCCCCAGCCCCAGGCCGACCUGCAGGCCCUCCUGGACAGCGGGGCCCAGAUCCGCAUGGUGGACAUGCAGCGCCUGACCCACGGCGUGCUCCACACCAAGUUUUGGGUGGUGGAUCAGACCCACAUCUACAUUGGCAGUGCCAACAUGGACUGGCGCUCCCUCACCCAGGUGAAGGAACUGGGAGUCGUGGUCUACAAUUGCAGCUGCCUGGCGCAGGACUUGGCCAAAGUGUUUGAGGCCUAUUGGUACCUGGGCCAAUCGGGCUCCGCCAUACCAUCCCCCUGGCCCGACAGCUACGCCACCCGCUACAACCUCGACUCCCCGCUCCAGCUGCAGCUCAACGGCACCCCGGCCCGCGUCUACUUCUCUAGCGCCCCACCCUCGCUGUGCCCGGCCGGCCGCACUCCCGACCUGAGCGCCCUGCUCAGCCUGGUGGACGAUGCCCGCGGCUUCGUCUACGUGGCCGUCAUGAACUACCUGCCCACGAUGGAGUUUUCCCAUCCCCGCAGGUUCUGGCCGGCCAUCGACGAUGGGCUGCGGCGGGCGGCCUAUGAGCGUGGCGUCAAGGUGCGGCUGCUGGUGAGCUGCUGGGAUCACUCAGAGCCCUCGUUGCUACCCUUCCUGCGCUCCCUCGCCGCCCUCCAGGACAACCGCACGCAUUAUGACGUGCAAGUGAGACUGUUCGUCGUCCCCGCCGAUGAGGCUCAGGCUCGGAUCCCCUACGCCCGUGUCAAUCACAACAAGUACAUGGUCACUGACCGGGCAGCCUACAUCGGGACGUCCAACUGGUCGGGCAGCUAUUUUACGCAGACGGCCGGCUCGGCUCUGGUGGUGAACCAGACGGGGGCCGCGGGGGCCGCGGGGGACCCGGGGCUGCGGGAGCAGCUGGAGGCCGUGUUCCUCCGCGACUGGGACUCCGUCUACAGCCACGAACUGGACGACCCCCUGGCCGCCGGCAACUCCUGCCGCCUCCUCUGAGACAUCCGGACCCCGCGGCCGGGGGCCGGCCGGGGAGGUGGCCGGCGGGAGGACCGGCCGGUGCUAACGGUCCCCCCUUCCCUCGCGUCGGUCUGUGUUGUGGGUGUGGUUGUUUAGACUUUUCUUCGCUGCCCCUGCCUCUGGCCCGGCGACCAUCUGCACAGUGCCAUUCGCCUGCGUGCCAAACUCCGGCCAUCUGGACCCCUGCCAGGAACAGGUCUCGUGCCGGGGGAUGGGGGCUGGCUGGAGUAGCCCGUGAGGGGAUUAGAGGUGGGAGAGGGGACGGGGGUGGUGAGGUGGUUGGGGAGUACCUGGCUGGGGACUGUCACUGGGGAACCCAGGGAUGGGGUGAUGGGGAGGGGACACUGAGGCCCAGUCUAGGGUGGAUCCCAUCACCCGGGCAUGGGGCGCCUGAGUCUCUGGGCUGCCCAGCCCCCGCCCUGUCUGAGUCUGGGGCGGAACCCCCAGGGAGAAGCAAUAAAGAGCCUGUGGAUUCAGCUGA